UAAAGAUCAAUUUGGUCACCUGACCAAACCACAGAAAAAGAACAACAUCUUGAAUCCUGAGUGUCCGGAAAGAACGCACGCUGGAAACUUUGGUUCUCCAUCAUGGCUCCCAAAACAGGUCGUCGAGGGACCAAACGCAAGGCCGAUGCGGUUCAGGAGGAGAAAUUGGCAGCGGAGCUGAAGGAAGAAAAGGAGGAGGUGGAGGAGAGUGUCUCGGGGGGUCGUAGAGUCAUCAUUGAGCACUGCAGGAGCUGACGAGUGUACGGGCGUAACGCCGAGGGGGUGAAGGAAGCCCUCCUGACGGUCCGCCCUGAACUCACCGUGGACCUGAACCCGGAGAAACCUCGCGGGAAAAGCUUUGAGAUCACGCUGGUUGAGGGAGAGAGAGAGAGCAUCCUCUGGACGGGGAUCAAGAAGGGCCCGCCCCGCAAGCUGAAGUUCCCCGAGCCGGCCGUGGUGGUGGCGGCCCUGGAAGAGGCCCUAGAAGUGGCCCCCAAAGAGGCCGUGAAGACAGAGUAGAGCCCCCCCUAGUGGAGGCCCCCACAGUGGAGCCAAAUAUUCUGUCUGUUGUCUUUGGAAGCCGAAUGAAGAGGUUGGACCAACGGGCGACGCCCAGUCUCUCCUCUGAUGAGAGUGCUCCGAGGACUACCAUACAUGGAUAUAUGGUGACCACUAGUGGUGAACCUCUGUUAUACCGUCUCCUGGUAUAAUCCUGCCGUUUUCACCGAACAAAUGUUUUCUUGUUUUUCUUCUGUUUUUAAUUGUUAAUGAUAAAUAAAGUUGUUGUUUUUUCUAAAUGAUGGUAA